CGAGUCUGAAGUUAGCUCAUCACCAAUCACUUCUGCAAAAAGAUGUUUAUGUUUCGCGAUUAAAACGGUUCGUAUUAAUCUUAAAUUAAAAUGAAACGUAAUCGUACGUGUUGAUUUAAACUAAACGUGAUCGUUUCGCGCACCGACACCGCCCCCGGGUGUAAUUAAACGUGAAUUUUUGUCUACGUGAAUUUUAUGAAAACAAAAAUGGCCUCCGCUAUUAUUCGAUAGUGUCUCGUGUAAAUAAAUCCUGUUUUUUAUAGAAUUUUCUUUAAAAUCGCGGUGAUAACGUGAUGUAAAUGGUGUAUUUCCGUUAAGAACGACUUGAAAAAUAUAAUUUUCACCAUGUCGGACUCCGGCAGUCAACGUUUUCCGAAAAUUAUGGUUUUUCGCCCUACUUGGGACGAGUUUAAGGAUUUCUCGAAGUAUGUCGAGCACAUGGAGUCGAAGGGGGCCCAUAAAGCCGGUUUGGCUAAGGUUAUACCACCACCGGAAUGGGUCCCUCGAAAAUCCGGUUAUGAUUUAGAAAAAUUAAACAUCUCGAUCCCGGCUCCGAUUUGUCAGGUGGUUACAGGAAAACAAGGACUUUAUCAACAAAUUAAUAUCCAAAAAAAACCCAUGACGGUGAAACAAUACUCCGAGUUGGCUAAUUCUGAGAGAUAUUGCACCCCGCGACAUUUCGAUUAUGAGGAUUUAGAGCGAAAAUAUUGGAAGAAUAUUACUUAUAUAGCCCCGAUUUAUGGGGCAGAUGUUUCUGGGAGUUUAACCGACCCGGAAGUUAAUGAGUGGAAUAUAAAUCGAUUAGGAACCAUCCUCGAUUAUGUCAAUGAGGAUUAUGGCAUCUCAAUUGAAGGGGUUAACACGGCUUAUUUAUAUUUUGGAAUGUGGAAAACUACUUUUGCUUGGCACACGGAAGAUAUGGAUUUAUACUCGAUUAAUUAUUUACAUUUUGGGGCUCCAAAAACAUGGUAUUCGAUUCCCCCAGAACAUGGCCGACGACUCGAAAGACUCGCAAAUGGUUUUUUUCCAAGCAGUUAUAAAACUUGCCAAGCAUUUCUUCGCCACAAAAUGACGCUAAUUUCUCCACAAAUUCUUAGACAGUAUUCAAUUCCUUAUAAUAAGAUCACACAAGAAGAAGGUGAAAUAAUGAUUACUUUUCCAUAUGGUUAUCAUGCUGGGUUUAAUCAUGGUUUUAAUUGCGCCGAGUCAACUAAUUUUGCAACGCCCCGUUGGAUUGAGUAUGGAAAACGUGCAAUGCAAUGUACUUGUAGUAAGGAUAUGGUUAAAAUAUCCAUGGAUACUUUUGUGAAGCGAUUUCAACCUGAUCGAUAUGAUAAAUGGUUACAAGGAUUAGACAUUGGUCCUCAUCCAGAAGAACCAAAUAAGCAAUCAGCAGCCCCGUUACCUUUACCCCAAGACAUCCUUUGCAACAAAAAUAACCAAGAAUUACCACAAAGCUUUUUAGAAGCCCCAUUAAAGCGUCGCCCCCCAAAAGCGUCUCGAUCGAUGGCCUCUGGAGGUUUCUCCCAUGGCUUUAGUUUAUCAGAAUUCCCCACUGAGCUUCAACUUGAAUUAAUUCAAGAAGAUAUGGAUGCCGAACAAGGAGAUGAAGUGAGCCCCGAUGAACAACAAUUAGAAGUUUUAGAAGAUAUUUGGUUGAAAGCUGGGGAAAUCGAUGUUGGGGAAGCGUCGAUUUACGACGAGGGUUAUGAGGUGGUUGCAAAAAAGAGGAAAGUGAAGCGAAAGAAGAACGCUGAUGAAGAUUUUAAACCGCCAUCAUCUUGUGGCCCAUUUCUACCAAAAACGGCAAAAGCAAAAACGAAAAAACCCGAAAAUAAACCUCAACGAAGAGAAAUUAACCCGAUCGAUGAAAUUGAACGAAGUGGGUUGUUCACGCCAUUGGAUACUAAGUCGAAGAAGGUUUGUGGCCCCGUUGUGGCUCCAAUUGGAUUCGUUAAAGAGGAGGAGAAGAAGAAACAUAAGAAGCACAAAAAAGAGCAUAAAGAGAAGUGUAAGAAGCAUAAAAAAGUGACUGAUAUGGCAGCUUUAGAUGAGGAGUUGGAUAAAACUUGUUUAGCCAUUAACAAUAUUAUUAAGGAGGCGGAGCAAGAACAUGAGGAGUUGAUGAGGAGUCGAUAUCAGAUUCAACCAGAACAUUCUGGGUUGAUUGUACCAAAAACAGAGAUAUUUGAGGAUGAGGAUUUAAAGAAUUACGAAGUUUCUGUUAAGAAAACUUUAAAUAUAACCUCACCAAAAGAUGAUGUUAAUGCAUUACACGAAAAGCAAUUUUUUAAUUUUGUGGGGGAAGUCCCUAAAACAGAAUUAAUGAAAAGGCAGUCUUUAACGUCGGAAUUAAAGAAAAUUCGCAAACCAAAGAAAAUGCCAACCUUAAUAAAACAAAACGUUGAAGCUAAACCCAUAAAAUUAGAAGAAAGUAUUAAAAGCGAAGAAGGAAAUAUGCCGAAAUUAAUAGCUGAGACUCAAACAUCACCAAAUAAAAUAGAUUCUGAUUAUGUUUAUCUUCCGAAAGAUGUUGUGUUAAAGAAAGUGACGAAAAAUACGAUUCCCAAAGAAAUAAAAGCGGUGGUUUCGAAGAAUAUCGUCCGAAAAGAAAUAUUAGACAAAUUAAACCGGAAUCAAAAAGGCGUGUAUCAAGAAGAAUCAAAGAAAAAAGUUCCAAUUUAUAAAAGUAAGGUUAUGAAGAGUAUUCAAAAGUCUUUGCAAAGUAUGGGAAGUUUAAACCCAAAUCAUUCGAAAUUCAAAAACAUGUACAUAUUGCAUAAAACUUCAACAACCACCAACAACAAAAUAAAACCUUUAAUUCCAGGGACCAUGCAAAAAGCGGUCCCUACUUUACACAAAUUACUCCAAGCGCCAUCUAUCAACAUAAACAAAGAAAUAAAUAAGUCAAUAUCGGAUGAGGUUAUAUUUUUGGGGAAAACCAACGGAAACGGCGACCAAAAAACGUUUCAAAACAUCGUUCAUAUGCUUAACUCAGAAACGAAUGAUCCUAAUUAUCAAAGGUUAGAUAAGAUUUUGGAGGAGAAUCCAGAAAAGGAUUUAAUUUUAAAGGAGGAAGAUUACGACCGAUUAGAUAAGAUAUUAAUGACGAAAGAAGAAAAGGAAAUAAAGUACGAUAACGAAUUAAACGAUAAAAUGAAGGUUAUGAAAAAACCUAACCUCAAAACGUCAAACGUCAAAACGAUUCAAAUUCCUUCGAAUUUUCAAAAAUCGGGUGCUAAUAUCAGUAUUAAUUUACCGUUUAGUAAUAAUUUAACGAUUCCGAAUACGCAAAAUUUGAAUUCGCAAGGUUUGAGUUCACCAAAUUUGAAUUUGCAAAAUUUUAGCACGCAAAAUUUGAAUUCGCAAAAUUUGAAUUUACAAAAUAUGAAUUUGAACGCGCAAAGUUUGAAUUUAAAUACACAAAGUUCAAAUUUAAAUAUGCAAAGUUUAAAUUUGAAUUUACAAAAUAAAAAUUUGAAUUUGCAAAAUAAAAAUUUAAAAAUCCCGCCAAAGCCGCGCAAAAUGGCGGCGAUAAACGUCACUUCAAAUGCGAUAAAUAAUCCGAACGUUAAAAUAAUCAAUUCUAACGAUUCAAAUGUAACGAAAUCUCAUCAAAUGUGCGAAAACUUGAAAAUGAAAAGUUUAAAAGUGAAUUCGCCGCAAUCCGCGGUUAAAGUUGAGGUUAAGGUUGAAGAUUUCGCGCACGGUGACAUAAAGUUGAUUAAAUCGCCUAUUUACACGUUUAAAGAUGAUAAAAAAGGGCUUAAAUCGAUGAAAUCGAGGAGUGUUUUAGUUAAUUCAAGUCAAAAACAGGAAAUUAUUAAACCAGGCCAAAAAGAUGCGGUAAAAGUCGAAAUGUCAUCGCAGAAAGUUAACGAAGCUGUCCCAAAUCGUAGUAAUUUACAAAAUUCUAGUCCAACUGUGAUUAAUUACUCCGAAAAUGUGACGUUAGUACAAAAUUUACCUAAUUUGGGUCAAAAUCAAAUUAAUAUGAUGCAGAAUCAAACGAAUUUGGGUCAAAAUCUACCUAAUUUGGGACAAAAAAGUAAUUUGGGUCAAAAUCAAGCCAAUAUGAUGCAGAAUCAAACGAAUUUGGGUCAAAAUGAAACUAAUUUGGUUCAAAAUCUACCUAAUGUGGGACAAAAAAGUAAUUUGGUUCAAAAUAUACCUAAUUUGAAUCAAAAUCAAGCUAAUUUGAUGCAAAAUCAAACGAAUUUGGUACAAAGUGUACAUAAUUUGGUUCAAAAUCAAAGUAAUUUGGUUCAAAGUGUACCUAAUUUGGUUCAAAAAAGUAAUUUGGUUCAAAAUCAAGCAAAUUUGGUUCAAAAUCAACCUAAUUUGAUACAAAAUCAACCUAAUUUGAUACAAAAUCAAGGAAAUUUGAUGAUAAAUCAAGCAAAUUUGAUACGAAAUCAAGGAAAUUUGUUACAAAAUCAAACAAAUUUGGUUCAGAAUCAAAAUUUGAUAGUAACGAGUCAAAAUUUGAAUCAAAUGAAUCAAAAUUUAAAUUUUUGUGCGAUACAAAAUUACUUAUCGGGUCCAACUCCGCCCGGUUACAACGUUCAGAAUCUCAUUGGAAUGCAACAAUCGAUUGUAAUGCCAUCGGAAUACUCGAUAGUAGCGAUUCCGACUCAAUUUGCGCCUCAAAAUCAAUUCCCCGAAACUAAUCAGUAUCAAAAUCAAAGCCAGUUCACAAAUUUAACGCCAUUUCAAAACCAAAUUUCGGAGCCAACCUUAAACGAUUUCAUUGCUGAUGAUGAUCAGGCGUUUUUGAAUAACCAGCAACAACAGCAAGAAGCGGAGCAAGUUUUCGAGGAGGAAAUGGUGGCUAUUAAGGAGGAGAUUAAUAAGCAAGUUGAGAAAAUGGAGGAAAAUGAAAUAGUAAAGCCGAAAGAAAAUAAGCCGCCGAAAAAUCGGCCCAAUUUGAUUUGGACAAACCAAAAAUUUUAUUCGUAUUCGUGUAACGUCGAAUUUAACAAUUCGGAACGGUUUUAUCCGAUGUCGUUGGAACCCAUAACAACAUCCGAGGAUGUUAAGAAAAUCGACCAAGAAAAUUUAGACCAAAAGAUUCAAAAAGAUUCCAAAGUUACCAAUAAAGUCUUAGAAGAAAUUGAGUUAAAAUCGGAAAAUUUUAAUGAAGAUGAUGAUUUAAAAGAAAAAGAUGAUACAACAUCAACUAAUAAAUUUUCAUUAAAAGACAUCGAAAGUGAAUUAAUCGCGGUUGAUGAAAAACAACGCGAAAAUCAACAAAAGAAAAAGAUUCGAAAAAACCGAAAAGAACCGUGGUAUUGUAAAUAUCAACGUCAGAUGGCGUUAAAAAAGAAAUUGAAUAACCCAAAACGCCUCCUGAUGUCUCAAGAACGCGCCAAGACUUUGGACGAAAAAAUUUCGGCUUUAACCCCGAAAAAAUUAGGGGUUCGCGUAGAAAAUAUUUUAAAGAUAUUGGCCCCAUCUAUUAGUAAGCGAUUAGAACGCAACGAAACGUUGAGGACUUACCCGAAAUUAAAAGAUGGGCGGUGGAAACGAGAACCGGAACAAGAAAAAGAAAUUUUUAAACCAGCAACGAAAGUUUGGGCCAAAAAACACGGGAAUGGUCGUUUUUAUAAAGCGGAAGUUUUGAAUCACCGCUUAACGAAAACGUUUGGAUUUUACGUGGUGAAAGAUGGAAGCUUUGUGAGUGAUGUUCUCGCGGAAAAUGUUGUUUCAAAACCGUUAUCGCCUAUAACUACAGAGGGAAUUUCGUCCUAUUCCGUCGGAGAUCCCGUUGAGGUUAGCUUAAAGGAUGGAAAUGUGUACGCUUGUGAAUAUGUUGGCGAAAACGUUCAAACGUUGUACAAAGUAAUUUUCGACGACAAUUCAUUAAGCGAAGUGUUAUCCGACGACGUGCUUUUGGACACCGAGUUUGCGUCGCUGUUUAAGUGAAAAAAAAAGUGCGUCCGGGUUCGAAAAAAAAGUUAAAGAACAGUAAAGGUAGGAUUUUUUAAUAUACAUUUUAAGUUCUCAUUUUUUAACCUUCGUUAAAAAGAGUUAUUCGAAAACACGUCGAUUUCGUUCUAGAGAUUUCCAGUUACUUCAUUUUACUUUAGCAUUAUAAAAUUUAUUUUAUAUCUUCGUUUAAUAACGCCGUUUGUGAUUUAUUUAGUGGAAAACAAUGUAAAUUAAUUAUUAUUAAUUUAAUUAAAGAUAGUAAUAAUUAUAAUAAUAAUAAUAAAAAUAAAGAGAAUCACCCCGAGAUCCGAUAUGAUGGUAUAUAUAAAUUUUUGUACAUACUAAGAAAGUUGAUUAGGUUAAAUCACGAAUUAGUGUGAUGUGUGUAUUAAUUUAAUUAUUUUCCGCUUAGACUUAAAAAAUAUUAAACAAAAAUAAAAACAGGAAGUAGGAACACAAAAGGAUUAAAUAUUUCAAGAUGUUUAAAAAAUAAUAUACAUUUCUUUAUUGUAA